CCGCCACUUCCGGUGUACGAUGUGCCCCCUGCUCUAAGGUUCCGCUAACCUUUUUUUUUUUUUUUUUUUUUUUAAAUAAUUUUUAUUUACUUCCCGGCCUUGCAACGGACGUUUACCCGUUCGGUACUAGCGCUCGGUAGGAAGUCCGGAUGGAACGAUGAUAAGAGAAUGUUCCGCAAGGGGAAGAAGAGACACAGCAGUAGCAGCUCUCAAAGCAGCGAGAUCAGCACCAAGAGUAAGUCUGUAGAUUCCAGCCUUGGAGGCCUCUCAAGAUCCAGCACCGUGGCUAGCCUUGAUACUGACUCUGCUAAGAGCUUUGGACAAGCCUCAAGUAAUUCAGAGCCCUGUGCGGAGUUCAAGGUGAAGUAUGUGGGAUCCAUUGAAAGAGUCAAGCCAGAGGAGAGCAAGACGCUGCAGGGAUCACUGGACCUAAUAAAUUACAUUGAUGUUGCUCAGCAAGAUGGAAAACUCCCUUUUGUGCCUUCGGAUGAAGAUUUCAUUAUGGUGGUUUCAAAAUACGGCAUCAAAGUAACUACCUUGGAUCAGUAUGAUGUGUUGCACAGACACCCGCUCUAUCUCAUUGUCUCCAUGGUUUGCUAUGAUGAUGGACUGGUGGCUGGAAAGAGUUUGCUAGCUCUGAAGACCAAAGAUGCCAGUGAGGACCAAUGUAGCCUGUGGGUGUAUCAGUGCGCCAACCUGGAACAUGCCCAGUCCAUCUGUAAGGUCCUCUCCACGGCCUUUGAUUCGGUUCUCACCGAGAAGACACGAGUGCCUGCAGAAUGACCAUGCCUGCCGGGAUACCCACAACUCUACAAGGAUUAUUCCAUAAUGUCUUAUUUGGAGGAAGCUACAAUCCAGGAUUUGUGAGGACCUGUAUAUAUCACAGAGCUGUAUUUUUUAUAUCCUCCUAUUCACAGUCCUGUAAUGUCAUUGCCUUUGAGGUACCGGAUCAGGUAUGAAGCUUCCAUCUUCUUACUGUAAGAAUGGAGGUACAAUGGUACAAAACUCGUCUGUGUAUGUAAGGGGGUAUUCACACGCCGCAGAUUUACUGCCAGUCAGUUCAAUUUCUGCAACAAAUCUGCAGUGUGCGACUAUACUCCAAAAGCAGUGUUACACACUACGGCUGUCCGGGCAUGCUGGAAGUUGUAGUUUUGCAACAGCUUGAGGCACCUUUGUUGGGAAACACUGCUCUAAAGGUAGCUCAAAGAGAUUUUCAUUAUACUCUAAGCAGGGGCUACCAUUGUAGAAGCCCAUUUAAAGGGGUACUCCGGGGGAAAACAACUUUUUUCAAAUAAACUGGUGCCAGAAAGUUAUACAGA